AUGGCUUCGCUCUUCUUCAACGUCCGUCAGCAGCGCCAGAGGAACGUCCGUUAUCAACGCAUCCAUCCUUCCUCUGUGUUCCAGCAGAACGAUCGCAUCUUCUACUCGAAGUAUAGAUUUCGCAGAGAAGAUGUUAAGAAGAUCGUGAGGAUGCUUGAACCGCUGCUGCCGGAUGCAGGGCUGGAGCCCUGGGAGAUCAGCAAAGAGGACAAGGUCCUCAUCACACUCCGCUACCUGGCCACCAACAGUCAUCAGAUUGUUAUAACUGACUGUUUCGGGGUGUGCCAGAAGGCUAGUCCCGCUUCCUCCGCUUCUGGCCGUCGGAAGAGCGCUGGUGCUUGCGGAGGUCUCGAGAAUUCGCUAGAAUCUCGAAAUUCAAAAAUGUCAUUGGAUGCGUCGAUGGUUGCCUCAUCCGAAUCCAGCGCCCUAUCAACUUCGGCGACCACUACUACUGCCGCAAGACAUGUUGCGCAGUCAAUAUGA